GGUGGCAACUGGCUCACUUUGACCCCGGACCUGGAACUGACGACUUGGCGGCGCAGAGGCACAGGGUCUUGGAUCGAGCCGCUCCUUUCCCCGCCGACAUCGCUGCCGAGAUCUAUGCUCACGACCCUAUAGGACGAGCUGCUCUGGCCAACUUCAAGCGGCAAGCACAGGUUCAGGCGGCGAUCCUUGGCGAGGGCACGGUCGUUGACUCCGACGCCUUCAGCUGGGUGGUGUCUGACCCCGCGCACGCGGACUUCGGGCGCGCUGUGGAUGCAGGUCUCUUGGCCAAUGAGGCGACGGGGCUGGCUUUCACGUUGAAGGGGGUGAUCCUGCUUGGCGGCGAGGAGGUCUUUGUGGAGCGCGUGAGCACCAACGGCAUGGAUGAGUGGAGGAGACGACGUGGACUGGAGAGCGCCGACGUGAGGGUCCUGGGCGAUCAUCGUGACCAAAGCGGCAAGAAAGUUCUGGAUCUCAAAGAGGCGGUGGCCUUGAUGAAGGCUCCUGUCGACCCGGAGUUCCCCAUUGCAGGCGUCAGGGCAGCGAAGGAAUUUCACGAAGCAGUGGCGGCGUCAGCUGGGGGCUUCCUUCACUAUCAUGCUGAAUGGGUCCGACUCUCCGGCGUCUCUCGGCAAGCGCUGCUCAUAUCCAUCGUGGACUUUGCGAAGCUCUACGUUGGCGAACACCUCUCCCGAUGGGUCAUUCAGACGGAGCUGGCGGUGGAGCGCAACCCUUUGCAGCCCGACUUCUCCGGCUUGGACAUCAUCGAGAAGGAGAGGGCCUCGAUCUGGAAACAGGAGCGGCUCUACAACCAAGAACGUCGGCAGCUUCGUGGCGGCAAAGGCGGGCGGCGCCGGCUCUUCGAAGUGAAGAUGGAGCUCGGUGGGUCCAACGCCGGGGGCUCUUGCCGGGAUCGGCAAGGCGGUCGCUCUUCGGGUACUACACCCUCGCUGCACCGGCGGGUCGACGCUUCACUGCGUUCUUUGAACCAGCUCGCCGCAGCAACUUUUGGUGCAGCAAAUUCGAUUUCCGCGCUUCCCCUGACAGCCACCCAGAAGUGGAUCCUGGAGGAUGUGGCGCGGAGGGUUGGGUCGUAUGGGGAUUGCCCUUCGGACUUGACAGAGGAGGCGGUGCUCAAUGACCUGGCCCAGCGUUCCAACCUGUACUCGCAGGAGGCUAGCCCCUGGGUUGCCAUGGACCUCGACAGGAUAAAACUUCUUCGUCGACCUCUGGAGCCUACAGAUGCCAAAGAGCUUGCGCCACCUGAGGCACGCGGCUAUCUUCAACACUUUGCUGAUCUCGUGGAGCGACCCGGCAUGGAGAUGGACCUCAUACGAACCUCAGGCGAUCUCAAUGAACCUUAUUGGGACCCCAGCCUCAGGCGCGACAAGCACAAGAGGAUUCUUCUAUACCAAGCUCUGGAUCGCGCUGGGCUACUCGACUUUCGCAGACGCCGGAAAGCUAGAGUGGGCUUCUUUACCGUCCGCAAGAAGGAUGGGAGACCCUCUGCUACAACGGCUUCGGCGAAGCACUCGACCUUAAGCGGCGUCACGGCCGAGUCGGGCGAUGUGGGAGAUUGUUUUUACAACUUCUGUGUGCCGGAGCUCGCUUCGUGGUUCGCAACGGACGAUGUUUUUGACGACGCCGAGCUCCUCGCCUACGGCUUUCGCGUCGACAAGGUGUACAACGACGACACCGGCACGUACGAGCAGCUACUUCCAGGCGAGCGAGUUUACGCGGUCUUCAAGGGCAUUCCGAUGGGGUGGUCGUGGGCCCUGUAUUUUGCCAACGAGAUUGUGUGCCAUCAGGUGGCGAAAUCUAGCCAACGGCCGGGAGAAGAUGAAGUUCGAGAUCGGCAGCCAGCUCCGCAGGUGCAACCCGGUCGGCCCGUGACGGGAACGUACGUGGACAACGUGCACGUGAUUGGGGGACGACCUGGAGAGGCGGGACAACGCAUGCUCCAGAUUGCCCGGCACUUCGAGGAGCUUGGGAUCCCUUUUGAGGUGGACGGAGUGGAGGACCAACGCUGGAUGGAUAGCUUGCGGAUGCGGCUGACUUUCGAGGACGGCUGCCGGGCCCUGGGAAAACCACAACGCGCUUGGAGGCUCUGGCUGGCUACUCGAGGCUUGCUUCGGCGCCGGCGUGUCUCUGGACGUCUGCUUCGUGUCUAUCUUGGUCACAUGAACUUCCACUUCCAGUUUAUGCGGCCCGCUAUGAGUGUCUUCUCGGCCAUCUACAAGUUUGUGGCUCAGCACGGAGAGCGACGAGCCGCCUUGUGGCCCAGUGUCCGAGGAGAACUGCGUCAGGCCCUUGGUUUGAUCUUUUUGGUUGAGUUUGAGAUGUCAGCGCCUUUCUGCAAAGAAGUUCACAUCGGUGACUCUUCGGACCGCGGCUAUGCGCUCAUGUACACCCACGCGACAUAUCAGGAACUUCGUGCUGCUUUUGAACAUCGAGAAAAAUGGCGCUUCAUUCCUCAAGAGGAUGCAGACGAGCUACAGCUCCCGCGGCCUCCCGAGCAGGAGGCAGGCUUCCCCGGCUACACGGCCGAGUCUGGAGUUGGCCACCGCACCGAGUUCGGGAAGCACCUGACGGAGAAGUGUGAUCGCUCCUGUGCCUCCUGA